AUGACUACUCGCGGUCGCCCCGUUCUGACUCCGCUCCCUCCUCGUGACAAAGGAAUGGCCACCAAGCCUGCGGUAUCUCGCCGUGACAGCAACGACGAUGAGAACCAAGUCGUUCCGUUCUCACCCAUUUUCGAGAAGAGACCGUCUCCAGGAGCCAAAGAUGCAGAGGUCAAAGACGACCGACACUUGGGCAAGCCGGAACACGCUUGGGAUGACGCAAGUCGAGGCUCUGCCUUUUCAUCCGAUGACGACUCGGACGAAGACGAAAGCGACAGUGAAAACACCUACAAGUCUCGAAGAGCUAGUGAACGACCAGAGUCUCCGUCCCGACGCCGACAUCUCUCUCAGCAGUCUGAUGAAGAAGACUCGCAAGAUGAAUCGGACGAUGAAUCCUCAAAGGAAUCGACGUCUCCUGCCCCUACCCUAGCUCCUGCGCCGACUUCAACGGGUACAGUGGAUUUGUCUCGGUUAUCCAAGCUCGCUGUGUUCCCCGGAACGGAGACGAACCUCGUCCAAGGUCACAUCCUGCGCGUGAAGACCAUGCUGAGCUCCCAGUAUCACUACUUCAUCAACGGCCAGCUCCUCCUCAUGGCCGAGAAGCAGAUGAAGAACCGCACCUCCAACUACCACCUCUUCGACAUGACCCGCUCCGUCGCGCUAUCGUCCAAACUGUCCAAGAAGAGCGGCAAUUACAUCGGCAAACUGCGUUCAAACUUCUCCAAGAAGAAGAGCGUCCUUGUGGGAAACUUCAGCCGCAAGACGGAACUGGGCGCGAUGGUCUUCGGCAGCACCUUCAAUUCGUCCGAACCGCGCCGACUGACCGUCAUCCUGCCUCCACUUUCCCGACGUCAAGAGAUCGAGGGCCUGACAGUCGGCGACAGUUUGUCCUCCUUCUCUAUGCUCAUUGAUCUCCAUCGCAGCUUGACAGAAGCCGACAUGGCGGUGGCUCACUCGGCGCUGCCACCGGAGUCGCUCCAGGUCUUCGAGAACAAGGAGCCCGUGUUCGAGAACGGCUUCUACCGACUCAACUUCAAUGGUCGCGUCUCCGUCCCAUCCGUGAAAAACUUCCAGCUUGUGCGCGCAGGGCCUGGGGAGGUGCCGAACAACGAACGGCCCAUUUUCCUUCAGUUCGGCAAAGUGGAUGACAAGAAGUUCCACUUGGACUUCCGCGCUCCGAUCACUCCGAUCCAGGCCUUUGCGACGGCGUUGGCACAGUUUAAUCUCUGA